GAUGUAAAAUUUAGGAACAUAAACAAGUUAUGUCAGAAAGAGCACGAGUUCCGUAUUAAGAGACAGGAAGUUAUUUUCAAGAAUAUGAAGGAAAAACUUGAUGUAAAAAACCUUCUGCAGGUGGAAUCAACCCCAAAUAUUGCAAUUAUUGGAUCUGGUGGCGGAAUGCGUGCUGUUAUUGGAAUGUGUGGCGCAAUGACUGCACUGGAAGAUGAAGGAAUUCUGGAUUCUGCAAUGUACACCGCUGGAUUAUCUGGAUCUGCUUGGUACCUACUGACAUUGUAUGCAUAUGAUAAACAGCUGAAACCAAAAGCCGUUACUGAUUUUAUUCGACAGAAACUUGCACCUUUCAAAACAAUAGAAUUGCGGAAGGCAUGGUAUAGUUGGAGGUUUUAUACAAAAGGCAAGGCGUUUAAUACUGGAGAGUAUUUUACGAUCACAGAUACAUUUGGAGAACUUAUUGGUCAAUUGCUUCUUGAUAAGAAGUGUAAACAGAAAUGGAGUAAUCAGAGAAAAAAAUUAGCAGACGGUUCCGCUCCUUUGCCACUGAUAGCCGUUUUGCAUUGUCGUGACAAGGAAACAAUUGCACAGUACAAUGAAUGGAUUGAAUUGUCACCUUAUGAGGUCUUUAUGCCCAGAUACGGAGUUGCUAUUGACAUGAAGAAUUUUGGCAGUAGGUUUUACGGAGGUUUUAUUACAAAGGAAAACGAAGAACAACCGAUUCAUUUUUUACAAGGAAUGUGCGGUAGUGGAUAUGCAAUUGUAAGAAAUUUAAAACCACAAGAAAACUAA